AUGCCCUGGCUCACGCCCUUGCCCAAAGAUGUGAGGAGAAGUUUGUCCCCAUGGCGACGGAGUUUAGGGGUGAACAGACUUGCUGUUCGGCCUGCCAGCUGUGCUUCACGUAGAAGUGCUUGGACCACAGAUGGUCGUCGGACGGACUGGCGGAUGCCAAAGUUGACGCGGAAACAACGCGCUCGAGGCGCCAAAGAGAAGCUGGAUCAGCUUUGCGCCCCUGCGCUGCGCACACUGCGACUGAACCUUUUGAACGCCAGCCCCGGGGCAUCCCGGGGCCACGGAAGAUGGAUGAAGCAGCAACACCAGAGUGGUUAG